GGAGGGUGGGGGAAAGCUGACGGGAGGACAUGCAGGCUCGCUACUCCGUGUCCAGUCCCAACUCCCUAGGAGUGGUGCCGUACCUCGGCGGAGAGCAGAGCUACUACCGCGCCGCUGCGGCGGCGGCCGGCGGGGGCUACACGGCCAUGCCGGCCCCGAUGAGCAUGUACUCCCACCCGGCCCACGAGCAGUACCCGGCCGGCAUGGCCCGAGCCUACGGGCCCUACACGCCACCGCCGCAGCCCAAGGAUAUGGUGAAGCCGCCCUACAGCUACAUCGCCCUCAUCACCAUGGCCAUCCAGAACGCUCCCGAUAAGAAGAUCACCUUGAACGGGAUCUACCAGUUCAUCAUGGAGCGGUUCCCUUUCUACCGGGACAACAAGCAGGGCUGGCAGAACAGCAUCCGCCACAACCUUUCCCUCAACGAGUGCUUCGUCAAGGUGCCCCGCGACGACAAGAAGCCCGGCAAGGGCAGCUACUGGACCCUCGACCCCGACUCCUACAACAUGUUCGAGAACGGCAGCUUCCUCCGCCGCCGCCGCCGCUUCAAGAAGAAGGACGCCGUGAAGGACAAGGAGGAGAAGGACCGCCUGCACCUCAAGGACCAUGCCCCGCCGCGCCCGCCGCCGCCCGCCGCCGCCGCCGAGCCCGAGGGCGGCCCCGCCGGGGGCAGCGCCGCGCCGCCGCCGCCGCCCGUCCGCAUCCAGGACAUCAAGACGGAGAACGGCACGGCCUCGCCGCCGCAGGCCGUGUCUCCCCCCGGCGCCGCGCCGCCGCUCGGCGCCGUGCCCAAGAUCGAGAGCCCCGACAGCAGCAGCAGCCUCUCCAGCGGCGGCAGCCCCCGCAGCACCCUCCCCUCCAGCCGCUCCCUCAGCCUGGAGGCCCCCGAGCCCCCGCCGCCCCCGCCGCCGCCUCCGCCGCCGCCCCACCACCACGGUCCGGGUUUCAGCGUGGACAACAUCAUGACCUCGCUGCGGGGCUCGCCGCAGGCCGCCGCCGAGCUGGGCGCCGGCCUCCUGGCCCCCGCCGCCGCGGCCCCGCGCACCGGCAUCCCGCCCGCCCUGUCCCUCGGCGGAUACUCGCCGGGACAUAGCUCCGUCUACGGCUCGCCCUGCGGCCAGGCGGCCGCCGGCGCCGCCGCCGGCACCUACCACUGCAACAUGCAGGCCAUGAGCCUGUACGCGGCGGCGGGCGGCGCCGACCGGCCCGGCCACCUGCCCGCCGCGGCCGCCAGCCCCGCCGAGGACCCGCUGCCCGAGUACGCGAUGCCCUCGGGCGGCGGCGGCGGCGGCGGCGGGGCGGGGGGCGGCGGUGGCGGGGCGCUGGGGCACGGCGGGCUGGGCGGCGCGGCGGGCGGCCACCAGGAGGGGCACCACCCGCACCCGCACCAGGGCCGCCUGGCCUCCUGGUACCUCAACCAGGCGGCGGCGGCGGCGGCGGCAGCGGCGGCGGCGGCGGGGGAGCUGGGCCCGCUGGCGGGCGCGGCGGGCUACGCGGGGCCGCAGCAGGGCUUCGCCGCCGCCCCGAGAGAGGUGUUCGAGGCGCCGCGGCUGGGGCUCAGCGCCUCGCCGGGCGGCGGCGGCGGAGGAGGCAGCGGGGCAGGGGGCGGCGGCGGCGGCGGCGGGGCGGGGGGCGGCGGGAGCUGUCAGAUGGCUUUCCCCGGCAGCCAGCCGCUCUACCGCACCUCCGGGGCCUUCGUCUACGACUGCGGCAAGUUCUGAGCGCGCCCCGUCGCGGGGACACCGCGGGAACUCCGCUCCGCACCGCGCCACCGGCCCCCGCAGAGCCCGCGGAGGGAAGCAAGCGCAUCGCGAAAAGCUUUUGUACAGAGACAGCCCCAAAGCAUGUCUUGGUUUGUUAAAGGACAGUGUUACUCCAAUAACACGUAAGUUUUUUUGGUUUUUUUCCUAAUUGCUUUGAGAAAUACUUUUUUUUUCCCGUCCCCCACCCGGCGCUCUUCCCCGUCCCUUAAGGUAUUGUCAUGCCCCGUGUUUAAAAGGGAGCGAAAAGUCCAGCGUAGAGUACCAGCUUCUUUCCCCCUCCCCUUCCUCUUCUACAAGGACUUGUUUUAAAAUGUAAAUUGCGACAUAGUAAUUUAUUUUUAAUUUGUAGUUGGAUGUUGCGGACCAAACGCCAGAAAGUGUUUCCCCCUUUCCUGAAAAGUGACGUUAAAAUUGACUGAAACGCUGAUUUUUUUUCACUAUAUAUAAAAAGGGAAACUGUAUUAAUCUUAUUCUAUCAAUAUUUUUCUUUUUUUUGUUGAAAAUAUUCUGAAGGUAUUUCAUUGUUUGUUUAUUAAUAAAUUACCAUUCAGUUGGAAUGAUACACGUCUGUAUAUUUUAAUGCUUUCAUUUAGAGAGAGAGAAAGAAAGAGAGGGAAAAGGGAUUUCAUAACUAACUUUGUCGCUGGAACAGCUUGUUCCCCUCCGCACAAAUUCCAAAGACCAUUUAGGAACUGCCAGGUCGAAAAAUCCCUUUUCAGUCUCUUCUGCAAUACGUUCCACUUAGUCAGCUCGCCUUAUCCGCUAGGAAAAAAAUACUUUCCCAUGGCAGCUCUGAGUUGGCAAAUAAACAAACACGUUUUCUUAGCAAUUAAUGGCAAGAUCUGGAAACAUUUGACCAUACACAGGAGUAUGGAGACAUUAGGUUGUUUUAAAUAAUAUGCCUAUGUAAGGAUAUAUUAAGUGAUAACUCCGAGGUAGAAGUGCAUGCGCUAGAUUCCAGACCAUGUGUAACUGUAUAUGUCGAGGUAUCGAUCGCUCUGUGUGUGUUUCAAAUGUAUUUAUAUCUAGGAUUUACAUAUGUACCUUUAUUUAAAGAAGGAUUACGUAUUUAUUUAUACUUUCAUAUACGCAAUGCAUAUUUUUCUAAACUCCAGUGUAUAGCAGAUGCCAAAUAAUCUGUAGUACGUGUAUUCUUAAAUAUAAUGCCAGCAUAUAAAUCACCGCUUCAUAAAAUUGAUAGCAAAGCGUGCAAUCACAUCAGUGAAGCCGCUCUUUAACACUCGAAGUACUAUUUUAUUUCGGGGGGGAGGUGGGGGGGACGAGCAGUUGGGUUAAAGGGUACUUGUACGGUCUACCCUUACACUUUCACAGCUCUGCAUUACUCCCGUCCUUCAGGGACUUUAUUAGUCUGUGUCACAAUUGCUCGGACUGAAAUUAUUUUUAAAAUAUUUUGUGUGGGUGAAUUUUUCUUAUACAGUUGCUCGGGUGCUGUUUUAGUUUGGUUUUUCGUUGUUUUUUUUUUUUUUUUCCCCUCUCCUUACCUCCCUCAGUUUUCCUCAAAUCGGAAAAAUAAUAUAUUACCAGGGUAGCAAAUGAGUGCUGCACAGACUGGCAUCUUGUCAUAUCAAGAAUCCUACCUUCUGGACAGUUUACUAUUAAGAACCUACGGUCAAUGGGGAUCACCUUCCCCUUUUAAAUUGAUCACAACGAAAAUAAGAUUAGCAGUACUGCUGUGCCCGCGGUAGGCAGUGCAAAGUGCGGGCUUGGCUGCGGGAGGCCAAGUGCGGGGCGCUCAGUCCGGAACCGCAGGUCCCUGCGCGACAUUGCACGGACGGGGGUCGGCAGCUCCGGGCUCUGCCGGGCCGGAGCCUUCGGCGAGAGGCAUUGCGGCUGCUGCUGGGACCGGGAAAGGCGAGCGGGCUGGCUAGAAACCUUGCCGGGCUGGGGCAGCGGAACUGCGGGGCACGGAGUGGAACGUCUGCCUGCGAGCCACUGUGAACAGCGUGGGGCACGACCCCUUGUUUUGCUUGUGCUUCCCUCCUCUUGCGCACAGGAGGCAAACCCGAGCGUCCCUUCUGACCUGUAAUUGUCUCCCAGCAGAACUGGGCCUGCCCUGAACGCCAAAAAGAGAUGCGGUCCGACCUUGCGCAGCGGUGGGCACGGGACAUGCGCCCGGGCAGCAGCUGAGAGGCGUCUCCGUAAGGCCUCGACAUCUGUGGUGGCAGCCCCUACAGCAAACGGGGACAUUUGGCCCCAGCCAUGCCUGCGGAGAGGUCAUUUAGGCG